AUGGUGCAGAGUGAUUCGGUGGGAGGGGCUCGUAUCGUCGAGUCAGUGUGGGAAUGGACCUCAGUCCCUGUGAGAGAAGUAGGUCCUCCCAAGGUGGGAGAUACCGCUGCUGGUGGUUGGAGUAUACACCGCUGGAUCUAUACCCCUGCAGGCACCGACCAGUCUGAGGCCGCGGUUGCGGGGGCCUAUUUUAAGGCCACGCGCGGGAGCGGAGCAGCGGGAAUUAUACUGCAGCAAUCACCGACAGCUGUCAAAGAGUAA